AUGUUAUCUCAAUUUUUUAAUAAGUUAAGUCAAAAUUAUAUUGAAAUUUUGAAUGAUGACGAAUAUUAUGAUGUUACAAUUGAAGUCGGUAAAGAUCCAGACAAUAAUGACGAUGACUUAGUUCACAUCAAGUUACCGAAUAUAUCUCCAGAAAUUUUCAAGAUUCUUUUAACGUAUGUAUAUGGCGGUGUCAUUUCAUUAAAUGAACAAGAAAUAUCAGAAAUUUUAUAUAUAUUGGCUGCGGCUGAUCAACUUCACCUUCAAGAACUAGUUGAUUAUUUACAAAAAUAUUUGAUUAAUAAUAAAAUUAAAUGGAUGGAACAACAUUUUGGACUUGCUUAUCGGACGAGUUUUCAAUCUAAUUCUUUAUUAGAACUUCAGCAAUUUUGUAUAGACUGUUUGACUAAAUCUCCUCAAAUAUUCAAAUCACUUGAUUUUACUUUACUUUCUGAAAAAUCGUUGAUUUCACUUAUUAAAAGAGAUGAUUUACAAAUGAAAGAAACUGAAAUUUGGGAGCAUGUAUUAAAAUGGGGUCUUACACAAAAUCCAACUUUUGUUUCAGAUCCUGAUAUUUGGACUGAUUAUGAUUUUAAAGCAAUGGAGACUACCUUGCAGCAUUGUUUACCUUUAAUUAGAUUUUUCAGUUUAUCAUCUGAAGAAUUUUUACAAAAAGUUCAUCCAUAUAAAAAACUUUUGAAACCUCAAUUUUAUGAUGAAUUAUUUAAAUCUUAUUUGAACCCUAAUGUUGAACCAAGCAAAGAUAUAUUACUUCCUAGAUACAGAAAUAUUGAUGGGAUUAUUGAUUCAAAUAUUAUUAAUUUAAAUAUUGUUUCCCUUAUUUCAAGAUGGAUUGAUAAAAUAGAUAUUAAAAGCAAAUAUGCUUAUACAAGAGAAUUAUAUUUACCAUAUAAAUUUAAGUUAUUAUUAAGGGGAAAUAGAGAUGGAUUUACUCCUAAAAAAUUUCAUGAAUUAUGUGAUAACAUACCUCAUACGGUUACAUUCAUUAAAGUAAAAGAAACAGAAGAAAUUCUUGGAGGAUAUAAUCCUUUGGUAUGGAAAUCACAUAAAAAUGGUGAGCUUGGCAAAACAAAAGAUAGUUUUAUAUUUUCUUUUAAGAGUAAAAAUAAUUUCAAAGAUCCAAUUUUAAGUCAUGUAAAAAAUACGGACUGUGCAGUAGCUUAUCAUAAUGGACAUGGUCCUACAUUUGAUACAGAUCUUUUUUUAUGUGCAAGAGUAAGUGAUGGUUUAAAAGAAUAUAAUUUUAAUAGGUGUAAGUACUGGUGUAAGCAACGUUGUUAUGAAAAAAAGAUAAGGGAUACGGAGGAUCAAUUCUUAAUAGAAGAUUAUGAAAGGUUAAGUCAAGAUUAUAUUGAAAUAUUGAAUGAUGAUGAAUAUUAUGAUGUUACAAUUGAAGUUGUUUCAAAUAAAAAAGAUAAUGACGGUGUUGUGGCUCAUAUUAAGUUACCAAAUAUCUCACCAGAAAUCUUUCAGACUAUUCUAGAAUAUAUUUAUGGUGGCGUUAUUUCAUUAAAUGAGCAUGAACCUUUAGAAAUUUUAAAGGUAUUGACUGCUGCUGAUGAGCUGUUUCUUCAAGAAUUAAUUGAUCAUUUACAAAAAUAUUUAAUUGAGAAUAAACCUGAAUGGAUUGGGCAACAUUUUGAACUUACUCAUCGAACAAGUUUUCAAUCUAAUUCUUUAUUAGAACUUCAACAAUUUUGUACAAGUUUCAUGGCUAAAUCACCUGAUAAAAUAUUUAAAUCACUCGAUUUUACCUCGCUUCCUGAAAAUUCACUUAUUUCGCUUAUUAAAAGAGAUGAUUUACAAAUGAGAGAAAUCGAAAUUUGGGAACAUGUAUUAAAAUGGGGCCUUGCACAGAAUCCUACACUUAUCCCAGAACCUAAUACCUGGUCAGACAAUGAUUUUAAAACAAUGGAAAAUACUUUGCAGCAUUGUUUACCUUUAAUUAGAUUUUUUAGCCUUUCAUCUGCAGAUUUCUUUCAAAAAGUCCGACCCUAUAAAAAAAUUUUGAUACAUCAACUCUA